UGUUCCAAUUGGAAAAAGAAAAAAAGGAAAGUCCGAUCAUUGAGAGAGAGAGAGAAGAAAAUGGUGAUGGCGGCAACUAGAGAGGAGAGUCCUAGAAGCCCAGAGGCGAAGCUGGGGAUGCAAGUGGAAGAUUUAUGGGACGUUCAAGAGCCGCAGCUCAGUCCUACCGAGAAGCUUAAUGCUUGUUUUGAAAGCAUCCCUGUCUCUGCUUUUCCACCUGCCCCUUUUGAUCAAGCAAUUGAGAUAAGAUCGGACAGCAGUCUAGCUGAAGCUGUUCAAAUUUUGGCCCAACAUAAGAUCCUCAGCGCCCCUGUGGUGGACGUUGAUGCACCUGAUCAUGCUAGUUGGAUUGAUAGAUACAUUGGUGUUGUUGAGUUUGCUGGAAUUGCUGUUUGGAUUCUUCAGCAGUCGGAACCUCCAUCCCCCAGAAGUCCAAGUGAUGGAAGUGCUGUGGCUGCAGCAGCAAGUGGGGUGAUAUCUCCUGUUGAACAGCAGGUACUGGGCUCGGAAUCAGCUGCAGCAACCUCGGGAAGCUUUUUCGAAUGCUUAACUUCGUCUGAAUUGUACAAGAGCACACAGGUGCGAGACAUCUCGGGGUCUUUCCGUUGGGCCCCGUUUCUUGCUUUGCAGACGACGAACUCGUUCUUGACCAUGCUCUUACUGUUAUCAAAGUACAAAAUGAAAAGUGUACCAGUGGUGGACUUGGGGGUGGGAAAGAUUGAAAACAUCAUCUCACAAUCUGCUGUUAUUCACAUGUUAGCAGAAUGUGCAGGGCUACAAUGGUUUGAACGUUGGGGAACAAAGACUCUCUUGGAGCUCGGUCUUCCCAUGAUGUCGCCCGCUUCUAUUGUCAAGGUGUACGAGGAUGAGCCCGUUCUACAAGCAUUCAAACUUAUGAGGAAGAAGAGGGUUGGAGGUGUCCCUGUUAUCGAAAGGGGUGGUGGAAACAGGGCAAUAGGAAAUAUUAGUUUAAGAGAUAUCCAUUUCUUGCUCACUGCACCAGAAAUCUACCACGAUUACAGGUCGAUAACAGCGAAAAACUUUCUGACAGCGGUUAGAAGCUACUUAGAGAAGCAUGACGAGGUCUCUCCAAUGCUGACCAACAUGAUUACGUGCAAGAAGGACGACACGAUAAAGCAUCUGAUUUUGAUGCUCGACUCCAAGAAGAUUCACCGCGUGUAUGUAGUCGACAGCGAUGGUAAUCUGCAAGGAGUUAUCACUCUUAGAGACAUAAUCUCGAGGUUAGUCCACGAACCCCACGGUUACUUUGGCGAUUUCUUUGAUGGUGUUCUGCCAUUGCCUCAGGAUAGUCGGGUUUGAAAGUGAUACGGUGUCGAGAGCACGAUGAUGCGGUCAAUAUAAGUCUUUGGCCCUCUUCAUUUAGUUUUCUGUUCUGUGUGUUCUCUGUCCUUGAUCUCGAGUGGUUUGGUGGAUGGAUUGAACGGGCAUAUUGUAAUAUAGGCAAGUUUACCUGUAAUUAGUUCUCUACUGGGUUUGCCACAUUUUGUGUAAAUUUUUGUUUGGCAUAAUCUCCAAGCUUGUUGCGAGUUCGAUCUAUUAUAAAUAUAGCCACACUUGGCUGUUUUGGGUCCA